CAAAGAAGUCGCACAAAUUUCCCAGAACCGUAGAAUAUUAUGAUCCUCCCUUGCCUUUACCAAUUACCGCCUAUAAAUACAACACUCUCCUCCACUCUCUCCCUCGCUGAAAGAAUCAACGCCGCCAGCCACCACCGCCUUAGCAAGCAUUGCGCAUCAAACUCAGAACACAGAAGAUUUGAACUCUGCAAUCGGUGGCAGCUUGCAAAUCUAAAUAUGAGUUUGGCAUGCCUUGUGUGCAGUGUAGAAAGUCCGUCACACUCUUUUAGGAGUUACUCUGUCUCGAGCACAGAAAAUGAUGGAAGAUGUUCUGCUAUUGCCAACUGCUUAACACGGAGGCCGUCUCUCCCAUUGCCAAGACAUUCCAACAUUGCUUCUUCCAAAGUAACCCCGCAACCAACUCUUUCAAACAGCGGUUCCAUACCAGGUACCCCAAGGCUAGUUCGAAGCCGGGCUGUGAGAAGGGAUAUCGUGAGGGACUGGAACUUUGACGAGGUUGUGAUGGGGCAUUAAGAGUUUUCCAGUUUGACUGGAGAAUAGAAAGCUCUUUCCAUGGUAUAGUUGUAGGAGACAAUCUUGCAGUCUAUUUUUGUUAGAUAUGGCUACAUUGAACACAGUUUUCCCUCUAGGAAAGUUUGUCCAUUUGUAACCAUCGAAAAUCGUCGCGUUUGUUUAUAAUGUCCUUCGCACAUCAGUCGUAUUGAAAACCAUUUAGUUAUGAAACUCCAAUCAAACAUACUAACAAAUGAUGUGUUUCCGACA